AGAGAUAACCUGAAUGAGCCUUUGAGGGUUAAUGUGCUGUUCCAACAUAUUCAGAAUAUGCUCUCUUCUGAAUCUGCUGUGCUUGCUUAGACAGGAGAUUCUUGGUUCAAUUGUCAGAAGCUGAAGCUCCCUGAAGGAUGCGGUUACGAAUUCCAGAUGCAGUACGGAUCAAUUGGUUGGUCAGUAGGUGCUACUCUUGGCUAUGCUCAAGCUAUGCCAAACAAGCGUGUCAUUGCUUGUAUUGGAGAUGGUAGUUUCCAGGUAACGGCGCAGGAUGUAUCUACAAUGAUACGGUGUGGGCAAAAGACCAUAAUCUUCCUAAUCAACAACGGAGGCUACACAAUUGAAGUGGAGAUUCACGAUGGUCCUUACAAUGUCAUAAAGAACUGGAACUACACAGCUUUUGUUGAUGCUAUACACAAUGGAGAAGGCAAAUGCUGGACUGCCAAAGUGAGAUGCGAAGAGGAGCUAGUGAAAGCAAUCAAGACGGCAACGAAUGAGGAAAAAGAGAGCUUCUGUUUCAUUGAAGUGAUAGUGCACAA